AUGUCAGAAAUUGUUGAAAAAAUAGUGGUUCCAGAUAAUGCUGUCACUGCUAAUGAAGAAUCAAAAGUUACUUCUGGUAAAUAUGUUUCCUUCAUUCAAUCAUCUUUAAAGACUUUAAUUUUCAUUGCCAUCAUUGUUGCAUCAAUCUCAUCAAGAUUAUUUGCAGUUGUUAGAUUUGAAUCAAUUAUUCAUGAAUUUGAUCCAUGGUUUAAUUAUCGUGCUACUCAAUACCUUGUUAACAAUUCUUUCAAAGAUUUCUUAAAUUGGUUCGAUGAAAGAACUUGGUAUCCAUUAGGUAGAGUCACUGGUGGUACUCUAUAUCCUGGUUUAAUGACUACAUCUGCUUUCAUCUGGCAUGCAUUGAGAAAGAUUGGUCUUCCUGUCGAUAUUAGAAAUAUUUGUGUUCUUUUCGCCCCUGCUUUCUCUGCUAUUACCGCUUAUGUCACUUACAAAUUAACUUGUGAAUUAAAAGAUCAAAAAGCUGGUCUUUUAGCUGCUGCAUUUAUUGGUAUCGUUCCAGGUUAUAUCUCUAGAUCUGUUGCUGGUUCUUAUGAUAACGAAGCUAUUGCUAUCACUUUGUUAAUGGCUACUUUCAUGUUCUGGAUUAAAGGUUUAAAGCAAGGUUCCAUCCUUAAUAGUAGUUUUGCAGCUCUUUGUUAUUUCUAUAUGGUUUCUGCUUGGGGUGGUUACGUUUUCAUCACCAAUUUGAUUCCAUUCCAUGUUUUCUGUUUAAUUCUAAUGGGUAGAUACACCGCCAAGAUUUACGUUGCUUAUAACACUUGGUUUGUUAUUGGUACUAUUGCCUCUAUGCAAAUUCCAUUCGUUGGUUUCUUACCAAUUAAAUCUAAUGAUCAUAUGGCCGCUUUAGGUGUCUUUGGUCUAUUACAACUUGUAGCCUUAGGUGAUUUCGUUAAGACUAAGAUUUCUGAAAAGAAAUUCAAAUUGAUUAUGUGGGUCUCUGUUAUCUUAAUUAUGGUUAUCGGUGUUGCUGGUUUAUUUGCUUUAACCUAUCUAGGUUUAAUUGCUCCAUGGACCGGUAGAUUCUAUUCUCUAUGGGACACUAACUACGCUAGAAUUCAUAUUCCAAUCAUUGCUUCUGUCUCUGAACAUCAACCUAUUACAUGGCCAGCAUUCUUCUUAGACACUCAUUUCUUAAUCUGGUUGUUCCCAGCUGCUGUCUUCUUAAUGUUCAUGGAUCUAAAGAAUGAACAUGUCUUCAUCAUUGUUUACUCCGUCCUAUGUUCUUACUUCGCCGGUGUUAUGGUUAGAUUAAUGUUAACUUUAACUCCAGUUAUCUGUAUCUCAGGUGCUGUUGCUUUAUCUAAAUUAUUUGAUAUCUACUUAGAUUUUUCCCCAAUUUUCUCAACAAAGACUACAGGUACUAAGAAAUCUUCAUUUAUGACCGUCCUAACUCGUGGUUUAGUCUCUGCUUCAUUCGUUUACUACUUAUAUCUAUUUGUUCACCAUUGUACUUGGGUUACUCAAUCUGCUUACUCUUCUCCAUCUGUUGUCUUACCAUCUCAAAACAGAGAUGGUUCCAUGGCCAUUAUUGAUGAUUACAGAGAAGCUUAUUACUGGUUACGUAUGAACACCGACUAUGAUGCUAAGAUUGCUUCCUGGUGGGAUUAUGGUUAUCAAAUUGGUGGUAUGGCUGAUCGUACCACUUUAGUUGAUAACAACACAUGGAAUAACACACACAUUGCCAUCGUUGGUAAAGCCAUGGCUUCUCCAGAGGAAGUAUCUUACGAACUAUUGAAAGAACACGACGUUGAUUACGUUCUAAUCAUCUUUGGUGGUGUUCUAGGUUUCGGUGGUGAUGAUAUUAAUAAAUUCUUAUGGAUGAUUAGAAUUGCUGAAGGUAUCUGGCCAGAAGAAGUUAAAGAAAGAGAUUUCUUUGUUAAUCAAGGUGAAUUCAGAGUUGAUUCUCAAGCUUCUGAAACUAUGAAGAAAUCUUUGAUGUAUAAGAUGUCAUACAAUGGUUUCGCAGAUUUAUUCCCUAACGGUCAAGGUCAAGACAGAGUUCGUCAACAAGUAAUUACUGCUGAUGAUGUCGAAAACUUGGACUAUUUCGAUGAAGUCUUCUCUUCUGAGAAUUGGUUAGUUAGAAUCUAUAAAUUGAAGGAUCUAGAUGUCGAAGGUAGAGAUCUAUCUGAUGUUGCUGAAUUCGAAAGAGCUAAAAACACCAAGAGAAGUUCGAACAAGAAACCACAAAUCGAAUUGAGAGUUUAG